AUAACAAACAUGCUCACCACAUCCUCCUUCCUCUUCUUAAAGAUGGGCCUUCUCCAGUCAGCUGGGACCUCACCUGGCCUCCAUGAGCCCUGAAAGGGGAUAGCCACUGCCUCUGAAAUCCCCUUAGCAGGUUCCUCCAAUUCCCUACGGUACAUCCCAUCUGGCCCUGCUGACCUGAGAGCAUCCAGCUUCUCUAUGGAGUCCCUAGCCUGUCCCAGAGGAGGAGAGGGUGAUGGGCCAAGCCAGGCCCAAAGUGGGAGGCUGCAGCACUGUUAUCAGAUGGUGCCAGGCGGGGCUGAGUCAAUAACCCCGCUAUCAGCUGUCCCGUGGUGCCCUCUGCGGGUGAAAGUCCAGGAGGGAGACAGCUGCACUGCACAGCCCCAGGGACUGGUCUAAGCCUGUUACCAGCAUGGACAUACUGGAGACGGAUGCCCACCACCGCAGGAAGCUCGCUGCUGAGGCCAGGGGCCGCACUGUGCGGCUGCUCCCAUUCCUGGUGUCCUGUGCGCUCUACUUUGGGCUGUGGCUGCCAGAGCCGAGCUGGCCCAGUGCUGUGACCAAGAUCCUGCCAGUCCUGAGCCUGGUGCUGUUCAUUUGGAGUGAAAGUAAUGGGUCCUGGACGCCCUAUGCCCAGGGCAUCUUCUGGGGGCUGCUGUGCUCCUGUGCUGGUGACAUCUGCCUGGUCUGGCCUGACCUCUUCCUGCCAGGUGCAGGUGCCUUUGCCAUUGCCCACCUCUGCUAUCUGUGGGCACUGGGGCUGCGUCCUGUCCGCCCUGUUGCCUUCGUGUUGACGGCUGUGGUCUGGACCGCAACCUUGGUCUGCCUGAAGCCCUGCCUGGAUAGCCCAGUGCUAGGUUGUGCAGGGAUCUACUCCGCCCUGCUCUUGGCCGCAGCCUGCAGGUCUCUGUCCCGUCUGCCUUCGCCUCACUGGAGCCCGUGGCUCAUGGCCUGCGGCUUCCUCCUCUUUGCCACCUCUGAUGCCAUCCUGGUCUUUGACCGCUUCUGUUUGCUGCUCCCCUGGGCCCGGUUUGUGGUCAUGGUCACAUACUACAUGGCUCAGAGCCUCAUUGCAGCCUCUGUGGUGGGGGAGGCCAUCCACUGGAAGGACAUCUGAGGCUGGGGUCGCUCCCAUGACCUAUG